UAUUGAUAAAAAUGAAUUUAGUUUACAAAAGGAGAGAGUUAAUCUGGUAUUGCACGAAAGAAGUCGGAAAAAUGUUGACGAAAUUAUUUUAAAUCUUUUAGAAUUGUAUGUACGUCAUAAAUGGACAAAAGCGAGCUUACGUGAUACUCUAGCAAUGUUACGAAAAAUUCUUCCUCAAGGUAAUCAAUUGCCUAAAUCGCUGUUUAAACUAUUUAAAUACGUCCAAGACCGUACACCUUCAUUUAAUGUUAUUAAACACUUUUACUGUAAAAAGUGUUUGUACUAUAAUGGUAUUAAAUCUAAAAUUAACAAGUGUUUUUCGUGCAAUACUGACAAAAGCGACAUUUCAUUCUUCUUUGAAAUCGAUAUUUGUGAACAAUUGAAAUUUAUGUUUGAGAACCUUGACCUAUCCGCGAAAUUGAAACCAUCAUCAUUAGAUUGUGAUAAAAAUAUAAUAACUGAUAUAACUGACAGCUCUGAAUAUAUUAGAGUCAACUCUCGAGAUAAUAGAAAAAAAUACGAUUUAACAUUGAUAUUAAACACAGAUGGCCUUUCUUUGGCUAAAAGUUCCAAGAGUCACUGUUGGCCAUUAAUCUUUGUAAUUGCUGAAUUGCCGAAAUAUCUUAGAGAGACAUAUAUGCUUAUGAUAGGCCUUUGGUACGAUGAAAACUGUAAACCAUCAAUGAAUACAUUUUUACAACCAUUCUGUUCAAAACUGCAAAAAUGUUUCGAUGAUGGCAUUUGUUGGACUCAUCCUGAGACAGGAGAAAAGAUUAUUUCUAAAGUUGUAGCACCUUUAAUUAUAGCUGACGCACCGGCAAGAGCCCAACUUCAGAAUAUUGUUAAUUUUAAUGGUAAAUAUGGUUGUAAUAUCUGCGAAAUUAAGAUGAAAAAAUGUAAGAAAAUCCGUGCAGAAAAAUGCUAUCGUAUAUAUCCUUUUAAUAAAAAUACUAGUAAACUUAGAAGUAGCUACAGAAUGCAUAAACAAGCUGAAAAAGUACGUAAUUCGGAUGCAAAUAAUAUAAAAGGCGUAAAAGGAAAUUCUAUUAUCUCAACUUUACCUUUUAUUGACUUAGGAACAUGUGUAAUACCAGAAUAUAUGCAUUCUGUGUUACUAGGAGUGACACGACAGUUUAUAGAUUUGUGGUUUAAUAAAAAAGGGCCAUGGAAUAUAAAGAAAUAUACUAAAGGCAUUGAUAAGUUCUUAUUAAACAUUCAACCACCGCAUAUCUUUCACAGAAUGCCACGAUCUAUAACGCUCGCUAAAUUUUAUAAAGCAUCAGAAUAUUAUAAUUGGAUGUUAUUUUAUUCGCUUCCAACAUUAGUUAACUACUUGCCAGAAAAAUACUUUCAACAUUGGCUCCUUCUUGUUAAAGCAUUAUUUAUCUUGCUUAAAGAUUCUAUUAAAAAAGUAGAAAUUGAAAUAGCACAAGAAUGUUUAAAAUUAUUCGUAAAAAAAACUAAACUUUUGUAUAGUGAUCGUGAAUUAACAUAUAAUAUGCAUCAGCUUUUACAUCUUGCUCUCAUUGUAACGCGAUGGGGUCCUUUAUGGGCUACGUCGGCAUUUCCUUUUGAAAAUUUUAAUGGAUUCCUGGCCAAUAGUGUUCAUGGCCAAAAGCAUAUGGGUCAAGAAAUUAUUAAUAAUUUAUGUAUUAUUCAAAGUAUACAAAUAUUUAAACAUCAAGUUGCGGAAAAAAAACUAAUAUAUUUAAUAAUAAAAAAACUCAAACGAUGGGUACAAGAAUAAAUACUGAAUUAAAUAAGGCUGAAAAUGAAUUAUUAAAAUCUAAUGGUUUAGAUCCAACGAG